AUGCCGUCAACGCCAUCAGAGGGGGACGUCACGCCGAUCCCAGUCGGGGUAUCCGAGUUUACCCCCGACCACAAGUCCAUUCCAUCCGAGACAAUGUUUCGGAACGUGUCGUUCAGGCCGCUACGAGAGACGCAAAUCCACAAGAACGACAAAAAACUGUUUGCCUUCUACGCGGAUUGCCAAGAAUUCAUGCUAAGUGGUGUGAUGACCGAAGUGCGCUACGUUGUUAGCAGCGAGAACUAUCCCGACAUCGACACGUCGGGCAAGAACACGAAAGCCGAGGCCAAGGCUAUUGUGGCGUUGCGUGGAACAGUUUGCGACUUUGAAGGCGAACCAAAGUAUGAACGCAGGACGAAGUUACCUGCAAAUCUCCUUGUUCAAGCCGAGGACGAGUCGCACGACCUGACUGAGUGGGACAAGAAGUUCCUUGCGAACAGUUCAUUCGACGAAGAGACCAAGAGUGACGAAGAAACCAACGACGGCAGUUUGGCGCCGCAAGACGACGACGGCAGCGGGGACGAGUGGUCCGAGUAUGUGGACCGUGGUUGGAAGAAGUACGGGCACUACGACGCGACAGAAGACAUUGAAGGACUCGAAGACGUGGAAUGGACGUGCGGAGGACAUUACGCCGGGCUUACAUACCUCUACGAACACGAAGACAACAAGGACGACACGCCCGUCGACGAGUUGCGCAUUUCGGAAGAGUUCAAGCAUCUAUUCAAGGUCCCCGUCAAAGGUUUCCUGGCGUUCAUGCCGCUGGAGUUUUGGAAGGCCUUGGCGCUGCAAGCAGCGCAUCCGAAGGGCUACGUAGGUGGGCGCGAGUUCAAGAAAAGCAUCGAGCUGGUGGAAGUCAUGAAGUUUGUGGGCCUGCUUAUCAUGAUGAGUGUCGUGAAAGGUGGUGAGUACAGUCUGUAUUGGUCCAAGCCGAGUAUGUCGUUCCUCAUGCCGCUGAUGGAGAACUUCGGCCGCCAAUUGUGGGCGUGCAUCACAUUCAACGACGUGGUCGAGCCCGCAGACCCACUUUGGCGCAUUAGGCCACUCAUCAACCUGUUGAAGGCAUCGUUCAAGAACUUCAUCGUGGCCGGCCGCGAGAUCAGCGUGGACGAAGCAUGCAUUCCGUGUCGUUCAAGUUAUGCGCGUGCGCUUAUCGUCUACAAUCCCGAAAAACCUUUGGGCAAGUACCACUUCCGCAUUUACACGGGGGCGUGUGCAACUACGUUGUAUGUCUUUGCAUUCAAGAUCCACUCCAAGGCUGCCCGCAACUUCGACGAACCAGACGACGACGAUUACGGCGGCGGCGAUGAUAGCAAGGUUGACCCAGACUAUGGCGCGGAACACCUGCGGGGUGAAGUCAAGCCAAGCGUAUGGCGACAACACGACAUCGACAAUGGGAAGGCUCACAUAUAG